ACGUUUUUAUGACGGAAAAUGUAUUCGGCUACACUCAUCUUUUUCAGCGUAGCUACUGCUCAUGCCGGUGUCGUGUAUCCGGUUUUGAUUGAAAGCAGAAGCGGCAACUCAAGAGGCGCUGUUCAACUUUCUAAAGACUACGUCAUAGACUUGGAAGAAUCCAGUGUUUUAGGGGACAGUCUGUAUUUUUCCGAGGCUAAGCAUGGAGAGGUGAAUCACGAAUUGAUGGAUACUACAGACAUACGUAAUAGUGUUUAUGAAAAUUCGGAACACAAGGCAUCCUUUACAAUUACUGAAACAGACGUGGGAAUUGAAAUGGAAGGAUACCUAAACUUUACACAUGGAAUUGAGCCAUUGAGAAUACAUGAAAAAUCCGGCCGAGUCCCUCACAGAAUAUAUCCGCUACCGACGCCUGAAAAGGCGAUCCACUUGGGAAUUCCCGUUGAAGAACGUUCCGAUGGAAGUCUACUGCCAAAAAAUGACGCUGCAGAGCCACCCACCGUGUGGCGACCUGAAAUGUACGUCAUGAUUGACAGUGUAAUACACAAGGCCCUCAAGGAAAGCAAAUUAUUACAGGCUCGAUACAUCAUAAGGCUGAUGAACAUCGUGAAUGCAAUCUUCAAGACGGUUCGCAAGCCCCGAAUAAACCUCCAGCUUGUUGGAAUAUUCCGGUUUCCAACGAAAGAAGAUGAGUAUUUCAUUGUGGAAGAAGAUAAUUUAGUCUCAGCGUAUGACUCACUAAAAGCCUUUGGAAAAUUCACCAUAAACACCACGUUCAAAAGGCCUGCUGAUUUCUACCUGAUGCUCGUUGGGCGCGGCUUAGUGAUGCCUGACGAGGAGACUAAGAAAUUAUCUAAUGAUGUUGACGGUCUCGCAUUUGCAGCAAUGGUGUGCGUGAAAGGCAUCAAUGUAGCAAUAAUUGAGGAACAACCUGCUAUUUACUAUAGUUUCACCACUAUAGCCCACGAAAUCGGGCAUUUGCUCGGGAGCAAUCACGAUGGAAGUGGUCCCUUGGAAUAUAUCCCGAAUCAUCCUGGUGCUCUUGACUGUAAGUUACCAGAGAAAUACAUUAUGAAACCUCAAUGGCCUCGUGGACCGCCUUUCGCGUUUUCGAAUUGCAGUGAGGUGCAGAUGCAAUUUGUUUUGAAGCUACGUGGAGAGAAAUGCUGGAAAACACAAUCCGACUAUGACUUUUUUACCGUCACCAAGGAUGUUGCGGGCCGUUUGAUCACACCGGAGACGUUCUGUCGACGCAUUAACCCAGAGCAAUACUCAUCGGCCAGUAUGAAGAACUGCGUCAUAACGUGCCGUAAUAAUGUGCCCACCAGAAACGGUUACUACCAAAUAGAAGAAAAGACCCACUUCGCUCCAUUUGGCUACCCAUGCGGAAAUAAUGGAGAGCGGUGCUGGUUCGGAAACUGCACAAAUAUUGACAGCGAGGUUUCUUAAACAGUUACAAGGUGGAAAAUUGCGGUCUCAAAUAUCCACGCCUCUGAAGAAGUAUAAAUAAAAGCGUUUCUUUUUGCCUUU